ACACCGAAGAAGAAAUUGUAGUUUAAAGAUGGCGCUACCCGGUGUUUCACUCGUGCGUCUGAGAGCUCUGUGCAGCCUCGGCAAAUGUCUUCGGACGGGAGUCACGACAGCGUCACACUGGGGUAGAGAGAUGCGCUGGUUCGGGACGAAAGUGGAGAGUAUUAGACAAUACAGCACGUCGAGUUUCCAACCGAAGCGAGGAAAUAUUGGCUCUAACUUGCUGGAGGAGUUUCCAGACCCCAAAUGUCUCUUGAAUAACACAAUCGCUCGAUCACUGGGAGUCAACGACCUCUCUGAGCUCAUCCAGUACACCUGCACGGAGGAGGCUGGCGUCAAGAAAGCCACUGUGACUGUGAUGUGGCCCUGCAAGAUCGAAGAGGAUGGCUUCGCCUCCAGAAAAGUUGACGCAGAGAGAUGUGCUGCAGCAGCUGCAUGCCACAAGCUCAAAGAAAUGGGUGUAAUCGGUCCAGACAAUCAGCUGCCCAGGAGGAGAUCUGCCAGGGGGAGAGGAGGAGUGCGUUCGAUUCUUUACGAUGACAAAAACUCCCGGACCGAUGACGUCCACGUUGCCCAGUUCAAGCCGCCACUUGAAAACUCACCUGAGAUUUGCGAAGCACUCUCUCUCUUCCCUCAUCCCAAAGCUCUCUUGACCAGGGUGGUCCAGGUGGCCACGUCAUCCGAAAGUUGCAAACAAUUGAUACGGUUCACGACAAGAGGCAGCAAGCUCAAGACAUGUGAGCUGACCCUACGCUGGCCGCAGGAAAUGACCUUCACCGCGACGGCGGCCAACAAAGUCACAGCAGAGAAGCGAGCAGCAGCUCUUGCCUGCGUGAAACUAAAGGAAUUACAGUUGCUGGAUAAGAACAACAACCCACUGCCCCAUGCCAAGUAUCACGGGGCCAAGGUGAGGGAGGCAGCAGAACGUGAGCGGCGUCCUCUGCGGGUGGAUGUUCCCACUUAUCUGGAAGACCGCAUGAGGGACUAUCUCACACGGUAUCCAGUGGAAGCCGAAGUGCAGAAACUCUACGAGCAAGAGGAUGACAUUGUCAAUCAGGAGGAAGCAGAGGAGGAAGACUUGAUAAUGGACGCCAUCACAGGCAAACCUUACAGGCCGUGGUCCCCUUGGGAAAUGCGGCACCUGAACGAGCACCUGCAGGAGGAGUGGGAAAGCGCCGGGCCGGGCCUGAGCACCGAGUUGCCAGUCGACGCCCACCGACAGCGCGUGGUCUCGGCCGUGCGCGCCUCCCAGGCGGUCGUGAUCGCCGGCGAGACCGGGUGCGGCAAAACCACUCGCAUCCCUCGCUUCCUCCUGGAGGAUCGUGUGACAGCGGGACACGGCGCCGAGUGCAACAUCCUGGUGACGCAACCUCGCCGGAUCAGCGCUGUGUCGGUGGCCCAUCGCGUGGCCCAGGAGAUGGGCCCUGCUCUCAAACACUAUGUGGGCUAUCAGGUCAGACUUGAGAGCCGACCGCCAGAGCAGAGUGGCGGGGCCUUGCUCUUCCUGACGGUGGGCGUCCUGCUGAGGAAGCUGCAGUCCAACCCCACCCUGCGGGGCGUCAGCCACGUGGUGGUGGACGAGGUUCACGAGCGUGACGUCAACACAGACCUCUUGUUGGCGCUGCUGCGCUCGUGCAUGACCAAGAACCCCGACCUGCAGGUGGUGCUGAUGAGCGCCACCGGAGACAACCAGCGGCUGGCCCGCUAUUUCGGAGACUGUCCCAUCGUUAAGGUGCCGGGAUUCAUGCACCCCGUGCGCGACAGCUAUCUGGAGGAUGUGCUGAGAGAAAUGGGGCGGCGGCCCCCGCCCCCUGAAAAGAGCAUCAAGUCGACCAAUGAGAGGCGCAGCAAUGAUGUCAGUCCAGAUCUGGAUCUCGUCGCUGAUGUCAUUGAGCACAUCGACAGACGCGGCGAACCAGGUGCAUUACUGUGUUUCCUGCCCGGAUGGCAGGACAUCAGGACGGUUCAAGAGAUACUCCAGAUGAAUCCGCACUUUUCCUCUGGCUUGCACAUGAUCCUGCCAUUGCACUCUAGUUUGUCCGUGGCAGACCAGCAGGCAGUGUUCCAGCGCCCCCCAGAGGGCCAGAGGAAAAUUGUCCUAGCAACCAACAUAGCAGAGACCUCAAUCACCAUCGACGACGUUGUUCACGUAGUGGACGCAGGAACGCACAAGGAGCACAGUUAUGACCCACGCACUAAAGUGUCUUGUCUGGACACGGUGCGGAUAUCACGAUCCAACGUAACUCAGAGAAAAGGGCGAGCGGGACGCUGUCAGCCGGGUCAGUCGUACCAUCUGUUCCCUCGUGAACAAUUGGACGCCAUGACGCCUUUCCCCGUCCCGGAGAUACUGCGCACCCCACUGGAGAGCUUGGUGGUCCAGGCCAAGAUCCACAGUCCAAGAUUAAAGGCUGUUGACUUUUUAUCACAAGUGUUGGACAGCCCCGAACAAGAAGCUGUGUCAGAUGCCGUCCGAAAUCUGCAAGACAUUGGGGUCCUGGACGAGCGGGAAUCACUGACGCCUUUGGGAGAGCGUGUGGCCUCGAUGUCAUGCGACCCGCGUCUGGGCAAAGUUCUGGUGCUGGGCGCCAUGUUCCGCUGCGCGUUGCCCAUGUUGUCGGUCGCCGCCUGCCUUACGCGAGACCCUUUCCACAACAGCCUGCAGAACCGAGCGCUGGUCACCAAGACCAAAGCCGGCCUGAGCGGCUCCAGCUGCAGCGACUACCUGGCAUUCAGCCGCGCCAUACUGGGCUGGAGGAGGCUUCAGCAGGAAGGAGAUCGUCACGAUCGAGACCAAUACUUGGACGAACUCAAUUUGUCCAAGGCCAGCCUGCGCUUUAUUAAUGGUCUCAUCUCUCAGUUCAGCGAGAAUCUGCGCGAGGCUCAACUGGUGUCCCGUGCCAUCGAGUGCCUACGGAGCUCAUCGCUGGUCAACCAGCACAGCGAGCAGGAACAGUUGCUCAAGGCCGUGCUGCUGGCGGGACUCUAUCCCAACCUCAUCCAGGUUAAGAGAGGCAUUGUGACCAAAGGAGGGCGCUUUCGUCCCAACAGCCUGUCUUUCCGCACAAUGGGUGGUGCCGUCGUCCUCCAUCGCUCCACCGUUAACAGAGGAAACGACGAACUUCCUAGCCGAUGGCUCACCUUCUUCGGCGCCCUUAAGUCCAAUGGCUCCAUCUUCAUCCGCGACUCGUCAGCUGUCCAUCCGCUUGCCCUGCUUUUGCUCACAGACUGUGACAUCACGGAAACAGUGCGCGGAGACGAUGUGGAGGUGGUUCUCUCGGGCUGCUCGCUGGUGCGCUGCCAACUGUCGGCCAGCGUGUGGGAACUACUGUGGGAUUUGCGCACGUCCAUCCAGGCCAUGCUGCGCCGCAACCUCAGGCAGCCCACCCCCGGCGCAUCCGCAUACUCUGGCCAGGAUGGCGAGCUCAUCGCGCUGCUGGUGGAGCUGCUUAAUGGCACAGACGGCAACCAGUGGACUCCAAAUGACAGCGAGGUAGACUGAUCAUCAUGAACACACAGCACUUGUGAACUAUACUGCAGUUAUUCAUGUUUUGUUGAAUUCCCUUUUUGGAUGGCCAGCUAAUGAACUCAUGAAGAAAUCCAUUCAUUUGGGUUGUGCAGCCUAAAAUAUUAAAUGACUUUAGAAAAGUCAA